AUGGGAAACCAUACAAGAGUUACAGUGUUUAUUCUAGCAGGUUUGACUGAUGACACUCAAUUGAAAGUUGUAUUAUUUAUCUUCCUACUUCUCACCUACUUGCUAAGCAUCACUGGAAAUCUCGUUAUCAUCAUACUCACCCGGGUGGAUAUUCACCUCAAGACCCCCAUGUAUUUUUUCCUUCGGAAUUUUUCCUUCUUAGAAAUUUCCUUUACUACUACAAGCAUCCCUAAAUGUCUUGUAAUGAUGGUAACUGGGGACAAAACCAUUUCCUAUAACAACUGUAUUAUUCAGCUGUUUUUUGUCUUCCUUUUUGGAGCAUCUGAAUUUUACUUGCUGGCAGCAAUAUCCUAUGACCGCUAUGUUGCCAUCUGUAAGCCCCUGCAUUACACAGCCAUCAUGAACAGUAAAAUCUGCAUUCAGCUUAUCUUGUGUUGUUGGCUUACUGGUUUUUUUAUCAUCUUUAUACCUCUCCUCCUAGUUCUAAAGCUUGACUUUUGUGCUUCCAACAUUGUUGACCACUUCCUGUGUGACCCAACUCCCCUCCUACAGAUCUCCUGCUCAGACACACAUCUCAUUGAGACAGUGGCAUUCAUCUCAGCUGUGGUGACACUUGUGGUCACGUUAGCAGUGGUGAUAAUAUCAUAUACCUAUAUUGUAUUAACAAUUCUAAAACUCCCCUCAAGUAAUCAGAGGAAAAAAGCUUUCUCAACAUGUUCUUCUCAUAUGAUUGUGAUAUCCCUUUCUUAUGGCAGCUGCGUCUUCAUGUAUGUUAAACCUUCAGUCAAACAAAGAGUAUCUUUUUACAAGGGAAUUGCCCUACUCAAUACCUCUGUUGCACCACUAUUGAAUCCUUUCAUCUAUAGUUUACGGAACCAACAAGUGAGAAAAGCCUUUAUGAGUCUGAUACACAGGAUUGUUUCUUUCUCAAAAAAAUGA